AUGAAACCAUCUCAGCUCCACCUGCUCCUGGUCUGCUCCUUCCUCUUCGGCCAAGAGCUGGGCCUCCAGAAGAGAGGAUGCUGCCUCGUGCUGGGCUACAUGGCCAAGGACAAGUUUCGGAGAAUGAAUGAAGGCCACGUGUACUCCUUCAGCCAGCAGCCCCAAGACCAGGCCGUGGUGUCGGGGCAGCCGGUGACACUGCUCUGUGCCAUCCCGGAAUAUGACGGCUUCGUGCUAUGGAUCAAGGACGGCCUGGCUCUGGGCGUGGGCAGGGACCUCUCGAGUUACCCGCAGUACCUGGUGGUGGGGAACCACCUGUCGGGAGAGCAUCACCUGAAGAUCCUGCGGGCAGAGCUGCAAGACGAUGCCGUGUAUGAGUGCCAGGCCAUCCAGGCCGCCAUCCGGUCCCGCCCGGCGCGCCUCACUGUCCUGGUGCCACCCGACGACCCCGUCAUCCUGGGGGGGCCCGUGAUCAGCCUGCGGGCAGGGGACCCCCUCAACCUCACCUGCCACGCAGACAAUGCCAAGCCCGCCGCGACCAUCGUCUGGCUGCGGAAGGGAGAGGUCAUCAACGGGGCCACCUACUCCAAGACCCUGCUCCGUGACGGCAAGCGCGAGAGCAUCGUGAGCACCCUGUUCAUCUCCCCCGGGGACGUGGAGAACGGGCAGAGCAUCGUGUGCCGAGCCACCAACAAAGCCAUCCCCGCGGGCAAGGAGACCUCGGUCACCAUCGACAUCCAGCACCCCCCGCUGGUCAACCUGUCGGUGGAGCCACAGCCGGUGCUGGAGGACAACGUGGUCACCUUCCACUGCUCCGCCAAGGCCAACCCGGCCGUCACGCAGUACAGGUGGGCCAAGCGCGGCCAAGUCAUCAAGGAGGCGUCGGGCGAGGUGUACCGCACGGCCGUGGACUACACCUACUUCUCAGAGCCCGUCUCCUGCGAGGUGACCAACGCCCUGGGCAGCACCAACAUCAGCCGCACCGUGGACGUCUACUUCGGGCCCCGGAUAACAUCGGAGCCCCAGUCGCUGCUUGUGGACCUGGGCUCGGAGGCUGUCUUCAGCUGCGCCUGGACCGGGAACCCCUCCCUGACCAUCGUCUGGAUGAAACGGGGCUCCGGCGUGGUCCUGAGCAACGAGAAGACCCUGACCCUCAAAGCCGUCCGCCAGGAGGAUGCUGGGAAGUACGUGUGCCGAGCCGUGGUGCCCCGGGUGGGGGCCGGGGAGCGAGAGGUGACCCUGACUGUCAAUGGCCCCCCCAUCAUCUCCAGCACCCAGACCCAGCACGCCCUCCACGGGGAGAAGGGCCAGAUCAAGUGCUUCAUCCGGAGCACGCCACCGCCGGAUCGCAUCGCCUGGUCGUGGAAGGAGAACGUGCUGGAGUCGGGGACGUCGGGGCGCUACACGGUGGAGACGGUCAGCACAGAGGAGGGCGUCAUCUCCACGCUGACCAUCAGCAACAUUGUGCGGGCUGACUUCCAGACCAUCUACAACUGCACCGCCUGGAACAGCUUCGGCUCCGACACCGAGAUCAUCCGGCUCAAGGAGCAAGAGUCCGUGCCGAUGGCCGUCAUCAUCGGGGUGGCCGUGGGAGCCGGCGUGGCCUUCCUCGUGCUCAUGGCAACCAUCGUGGCCUUCUGCUGUGCCCGCUCCCAGAGAAAUCUCAAAGGCGUGGUGUCGGCCAAGAACGACAUCCGAGUGGAGAUCGUCCACAAGGAGCCCGCCUCGGGCAGGGAGGGCGAGGAGCACCCCACCAUCAAGCAGCUGAUGAUGGACCGGGGAGAGUUCCAACAAGACUCCGUCCUCAAGCAGCUCGAGGUCCUCAAAGAGGAGGAGAAGGAGUUCCAGAACCUGAAGGAUCCCACCAACGGCUACUACAGCGUCAACACCUUCAAGGAGCACCACUCCACGCCCACCAUCUCGCUGUCCAGCUGCCAGCCGGACCUGCGCCCCGCGGGCAAGCAGCGCGUGCCCACGGGCAUGUCCUUCACCAACAUCUACAGCACCCUGAGCGGCCAGGCCCGCCUCUAUGACUACAGCCAGAGGUUCGUGCUGGGCAUGGGCAGCUCGUCCAUCGAGCUCUGCGAGCGCGAGUUCCAGCGGGGCUCCCUCAGCGACAGCAGCUCCUUCCUGGACACGCAGUGCGACAGCAGCGUCAGCAGCAGCGGCAAGCAGGACGGCUACGUGCAGUUCGACAAGGCCAGCAAGGCCUCGGCCUCCUCCUCCCACCACUCCCAGUCCUCCUCGCAGAACUCCGACCCCAGCCGGCCCCUGCAGCGGCGGAUGCAGACUCACGUCUGA